AUGAGAGAUUCUAAUCGAAUUUCGGUUCACCGUAUUCUCGGCGAAGGUUUACUUGCUGAUGUGGUGUUGUGGAAGAAUUGGCGUGGAGCGGUUGCGGUGCUCGUUUCUGCCACCGCAUUAUGGUACCUCUUCGAGCGUGCCGGUUACAAUUUCUUGUCCUUCAUCGCCAAUGUCAUGUUGCUUCUUGUCGUUAUUUUCUUUUUGGGCCAAAGUUGCUCAACACUCAAUAGACCUCUUCCUCCUCUCCCCGAUCUGGAGAUCUCGAAGGAAACUAUUGCCAGGGUUGCUGAUGCACUACAAAUUUGGUUGAAUCUAGCCUUGUCCGUUGCACAUGACAUAGCGAUUGAGAAGAAUUUUUUGCUCUGCCUCCAGGUUGUUGGUGUAUUGUGGGUAAUAUCUUACAUUCAUAGUUUGUUCAACUUUUUGACUUUGAUCUUUAUUAGUGUUCUUCUUAGCUUGUCUCUCGUUGUGUUGUAUGACAAGGACCAGAACAUUUUCAAUUUGCAUGGCUAG